AUUACGUCCUGGCGGCUACAUCAAUUAAAAGCAUCGUCAUUUGGAGCGUGGUAUACUUUGUCACAGCCCAUCGAGCCUCCGUCUACCAACAACCACCAUAACUCCGAACAAACUUCGAAUUCCUUCCGGCACCACAUACCUAGACUUUAUACAACCAAGUCUUGAUGAACUUCCCAAGCAAUAUCCAAGGGAAGGCGGACCAAUCUCCACGAAGAAACAACAUGCCGUACUCCAAUUACUUCGACAAUCCAUACCUCAACGAAGUCUUCGACUCAACCCCCGACUACUCUCUGACUUCCUUCUUCGACAAUGAUUCGUUCUUUGAGCAACCAGUCACACCUGUAGAAAUGUCGUCCGCUGUGCCAUCGAAAUCAUUGAGGCCGAAUUCGACAUUACCGGUUACCGGCACCUCAACGAACAGCAGUCAGCAAUUGGCGCAAACCUUCAAUCCAAUUGAGCUUGAACCAUUCGACCAGCCCCCAGGUGCUUUCUUUACGCAUCAUACAGGGGCACAUGUCGUUGCAAGCGAGCCGGCAUGUUUCUCUCCAACGACGACGACUAUAUCACAAACAUCAUCCUUUUGCGAUGACGCAACACAGCAAGCUUCCCCAUCUCUAUCGCCCCACAUGCUAAAGCGCGAAUCCCCAUCAUCACCAGCUUCGGAAUCUGAGUCGUCGACCCCCAAACGCCCCACGAGGAAGCGGGGUCGACCGAAAAUGGACCGCAGAAGUACCGAUUCUCAACUAGUAACAUCCCCAUCAGCGAAGAGCCAACGCACAAAGCGCCUGCCGCACAACCAGGUCGAGCGAAAGUACCGAGAAGGUCUCAAUGCAGAACUAGAGAGAUUGCGAAACGCAGUUCCGAUUCUGAGGCAACGCGAUGAGCCCGGCCACAUGGCGCAGCCCAAGCCAAGUAAAGCGAUGAUUCUGGCGUCUGCUAUCGAGUACAUUCAAAGUAUAGAGAAGGAGAACGAGUUGUUGAAGGGAGAGAAUGAAAGACUGAGAUGUCAAUCAAGAGGUGGAAUGGAGGGGAACUGGGAGAGAAGAGAUGGAUCAUUGGAGUUCUUCAAACACGUAUAAGCAGACUGGUCUGCGUGAAGCGCUGGAUGAAUGAGGUUCAUAGUGGUGCCUACACAGACUGCAAAAGCAAGAGAUGGAUGAUUAAUGAAGAUACAUACGGACAUGGGCGCAUUGGUUUGAGCUUGUACACCCUGAGAUUGCCUUUUUAAUGGCUAUAGAACAUGUAUAUUAUACCCCUCGUACUACUAUUACGACCGUUACGAUACCCCGCGCUCGCUACAUGACAGGCAGCCUAAUAACACCGAUGAAUUUUAUGGAAAUUGUACAGUAGACACGACAAA